CACUGCGGGGGUGGGGGUGGAGCUGCAGCAGCCUGGAGCCGGGAGUGGGCAACGCGGCGUGAGCAGCGGCCCCAGGCUCCUGGAGCAUCGCGCUCGGAGAAGACUUCGCCGUUCGGGGCCGCAGCCUGGUGAGCUCAGCCCCCUUCAGGCCCACCCCUACAUCCCAGCCGGGGCUUCUCCGAGCCGGCGCUGAUCGAUGCGACACACCCCGGGGACCCUAUCGCGACUCCAUCGCGCCAUAUCGCGACAUCAUCGUGCCCUGUCGAGACUCCAUUUUGUCACAGCCCUUUUCAAUAUAUAGCUCUAUUUUUUUAAUUUGCCUUGUCAUCUUUGGGGGCUGUCCCAUGUCGUGAUUUUGCCGUGAUCUCCGUGACAUCACCGCGCCAUCGUGAAGUGUGAUCUCAUCGCCGCCUUGUCGUGACUUCAUCAAUGUCGUGUUGUGACCUGGCUGCAGCGGGACAGGUGGUGACCGCCAGGAUCCCUCCUCCCCUUCUCAUCUCCCCAUCUCAGCAGCCCCGCUUCGAUUAUCCGGCUUUUGGAGUCUCCGUUGUCCUGGAAGCUACCCGGGACCCCUUCUUGCUUCUCCAGCCCCUGCCGCCGUCCACAGGCUGGUAGCGGGGCAGGGAGGGCUAAGAGAGGGAGCGCAAGGGGUUAAUUCUGCUGCUGCUGCUGCUGCUGCUGCUGCUGCUGCAGCUGCAGCUGUAGCUUCUGCCCGAGGGAGGGAAAGGAGAGGAGGCAAGGAGCCUGCGGGGGCGACUGAGAGCCCUGGCUGGAGGGGUGGGGUCUCCAGGGGGGCCUCCAAACCUUCCCUGGUCAGCGCCCUGCAUCCUCAGUUCUGCUGAAGCUGGUCUCUUGCCUCUUCUGAACAAGAGAGAGGAAAGGAAACCUAGGAUGCCCUUUUCCCUCAUGUCCUCCUGAGUCCGGAUAAUCGAACUUCACUCAUGGGAUAGCUGAGCAGUGGGGCCAGCCUCCUCCCACUCCCAGGAGAUUGGUGAGGAGAGCUGUCCAGCGGAGCAGCAGGAUGCAUGGUUCUUCUUUCCCGCUUUCUGGAGGUGACCUUGGACCAGGUCCCUUCUUCAUCCCUAAGGAUUUGAGGGUCCAGCCCCUUAAAGAGGCUCCCCAAGGGAGUUGGGCAAGGCGGGCAUCAUGGCCUCGGAUUGUGAGCCAGCUCUGAACCAGGCAGAGGGCCGAAACCCCACCCUGGAGCGCUACCUAGGAGCCCUCCGUGAGGCCAAGAAUGACAGCGAGCAGUUUGCAGCCCUGCUGCUAGUGACCAAGGCAGUCAAAGCAGGUGACAUCGAUGCCAAAACUCGGCGGCGGAUCUUCGAUGCCGUGGGCUUCACCUUCCCCAAUCGUCUUCUGACCAGCAAGGAGGCACCAGAUGGCUGCCCCGACCAUGUCCUCCGGGCCCUGGGUGUGGCCCUGCUGGCCUGCUUCUGCAGUGACCCUGAACUGGCCGCCCAUCCCCAGGUCCUGAACAAGAUCCCCAUCCUUAGCACCUUCCUCACAGCCCGGGGGGACCCCGACGAUGCUGCCCGCCGUUCCAUGAUUGAUGACACCUACCAGUGCCUGACAGCUGUGGCAGGCACACCCCGCGGGCCCCGGCACCUCAUUGCUGGUGGCACCGUGUCUGCCCUGUGUCAGGCAUACCUGGGGCAUGGCUAUGGCUUUGACCAGGCCCUGGCACUCUUGGUGGGGCUGCUGGCUGCUGCUGAGACACAGUGCUGGAAGGAGGCAGAGCCCGACCUGCUGGCUGUGUUGCGGGGCCUCAGCGAAGAUUUCCAGAAAGCUGAGGAUGCCAGCAAGUUUGAGCUCUGCCAGUUGCUACCCCUCUUUCUACCCCCUACAACCGUGCCCUCUGAAUGCCUCCGGGAUCUGCAGGCCGGGCUGGCACGCAUCCUGGGCAGCAAGCUGAGCUCCUGGCAGCGCAACCCUGCACUAAAGCUGGCAGCCCGCCUGGCGCACGCCUGCGGCUCCGACUGGAUCCCGGCCGGCAACUCCGGGAGCAAGUUCCUGGCCCUGCUGGUGAAUCUGGCGUGCGUGGAAGUGCGGCUGGCACUGGAGGAGACAGGCACAGAGGUGAAAGAGGAUGUGGUGACCGCCUGCUAUGCCCUCAUGGAGUUGGGGAUCCAGGAAUGCACCCGCUGUGAGCAGUCCCUGCUGAAGGAGCCACAGAAGGUGCAGCUCGUGAGCAUCAUGAAGGAGGCCAUCGGGGCUGUCAUCCACUACUUGCAGCAGGUGGGGUCGGAGAAGCAGAAGGAGCCCUUUGUGUUUGCAUCCGUGCGGAUCCUGGGUGCCUGGCUGGCCGAAGAGACCUCAUCCCUGCGCAAGGAAGUCUGCCAGCUGCUGCCCUUCCUCGUCCGCUAUGCCAAGACCCUCUACGAGGAGGCCGAGGAGACCAAUGACCUCUCCCAGCAGGUGGCCACCCUGGCCAUCUCCCCCACCACCCCAGGGCCCACCUGGCCAGGGGACGCUCUCCGGCUCCUUCUGCCCGGCUGGUGCCACCUGACAGUCGAAGAUGGGCCCCGGGAGAUCCUGAUCAAGGAAGGGGCCCCCUCACUCCUGUGCAAGUAUUUCCUGCAGCAGUGGGAACUCACAUCCCCUGGCCAUGACACCUCAGUGCUGCCCGACAGCGUGGAGAUCAGCCUGCAGACCUGCUGCCACAUCUUCCUCAACCUCGUGGUCACCGCGCCAGGGCUGAUCAAGCGAGAUGCCUGCUUCACGUCUCUUAUGAACACCCUGAUGACAUCGCUGCCCGCACUAGUGCAGCAGCAGGGGAGGCUGCUUCUGGCUGCCAAUGUGGCCACCCUGGGCCUCCUCAUGGCCCGGCUCCUUAGCACCUCUCCAGCUCUUCAGGGAACACCAGCAUCCCGGGGUUUCUUCGCAGCUGCCAUCCUCUUCCUGUCGCAGUCCCACGUGGCUCGGGCGACGCCUGGCUCAGACCAGGCAGUGCUGGCCCUGUCCUCUGACUACGAGGGCAUCUGGGCCGACCUGCAGGAGCUCUGGUUCCUGGGCAUGCAGGCCUUCACAGGCUGCGUGCCACUGCUGCCCUGGCUGGCCCCCGCUGCCCUGCGCUCCCGCUGGCCACAGGAGCUGCUCCAGCUGCUAGGCAGCGUCAGCCCCAACUCCGUCAAGCCUGAGAUGGUCGCCGCCUAUCAGGGUGUCCUGGUUGAAUUGGCACGGGCCAACCGGCUGUGCCGGGAGGCCAUGAGGCUGCAGGCGGGUGAGGAGACGGCCAGCCACUACCGUAUGGCAGCCCUGGAGCAAUGCCUGUCCGAGCCCUGAGGGGGUGCCCACUGGGGACUGACCCGGGGGCGGGCAGCGAGGGAUGGAGGGAGGAGGCAUCUUCCCUGAAGCCCCCAGACUAGACCCCCCUCCCCAAACUUCCCCCUCAAACACCCCAGCUUUCUGGCUUUUCUGAGGGCAAGGGCAUGGUGCCCACCCUUCAAGUGUAAGGAACUGCGUACCGCCCC